CAUUUUUUUUUCCUCUCCUAGCUGCAGACUCUCUGUGUCACACUUUGAGUUUUGGAGUUUGUCCGCUUCACUCUGCUGCCAAACAAAGCUGUCUGUGUGUCGGAAAUAUUCCUCCGCUUCGAAGUCAAACCGGUCCACCCGUUUCAGAGGGAACUUUGUGGAGUUAAAAAAAAAACCCGACGAGGAGAAGGAAUAAGAAAUCAGGAGCUGAAAGGAGAAAGAAAGGAAGAAAGCAAGAAAACAGAGGAGCCAGGAGGAGGAAAAGAGGUCGAAGUAACUAUGGACGUCCCUGGUAUGCAGAGUUCCCAGAUUGAUCCAGAGGCGCUGUUCACUAAACUGGAUCGAAUCGGAAAGGGAUCCUUUGGAGAGGUGUUCAAAGGUAUCGACAAUCAAACUCAGAAAGUCGUUGCCAUCAAGACCAUCGACCUGGAGGAGGCAGAAGAUGAGAUCGAGGACAUCCAGCAGGAGAUCACGGUGCUCAGCCAGUGCGACAGUCCCUACAUCACCAAGUACUUCGGCUCCUUCCUGAAGGGCAGUAAACUGUGGAUCAUCAUGGAGUAUCUUGGUGGAGGUUCAGCCCUGGAUUUGCUGAAGGCCGGUCCGUUUGAUGAGGCGCAGAUUGCCACCAUGCUGAAGGAGAUCCUGAAGGGACUCGACUACCUUCACUCAGAGAAGAAGAUCCACAGAGACAUCAAAGCUGCUAACGUCUUGCUGUCCGAACACGGCGAGGUGAAGCUGGCCGACUUCGGCGUGGCCGGUCAGCUGACCGACACGCAGAUCAAGAGGGAAACGUUUGUGGGAACGCCGUUCUGGAUGGCGCCGGAGGUCAUCCAGCAGUCCGCAUACGACUCAAAGGCGGACAUUUGGUCUCUGGGCAUCACCGCCAUCGAACUCGCCAAAGGAGAGCCUCCGAACUCCGACAUGCAUCCCAUGAGAGUUCUCUUCCACAUCCCCAAAUCUCCUCCUCCGACUCUGACCGGAGAUUUCUCAAAGAGCUUCAAAGAUUUCACAGAGUCCUGCCUCAACAAGGACCCGUCCUUCCGUCCCACAGCCAAAGAGCUGCUUAAACACAAGUUCAUCGUUAAACAUUGCAAGAAGACGUCCUACCUCAGCGAGCUGAUCGACAGGUACAGGCGGUGGAGGGAGGAGGGACACAGCGACAGCAGCUCCGACGACUCGGACAGUGAAUCCAGUAAUAAGGAGAACAACGAGUCACCUGCGUGGUCGUUCACUACGGUUCGCAAGAAGAAGCCUGAAGACAGGAAGGUUCUCAAUGGAACGACCCAGGAUCAGCUGAGUAAACCUUCCAGUUUGUCCACACUCAUCUCUCCCAUCUUCUCUGAGUUGAAGCUGCAGCACAAGGAGCACUCUGAGCAACGACAGGCUAUCGAAGAGCUGGAGAGAAACAUUCAGGUGGCUGAAAAAGUUUGUCCGGGCAUCACAGACAGGAUGAUCACGCACAUCAUUGCAAGAUAUACAACAAACUGAUAAUUGGAUGGAUGGAUGGAUGAGCGGAUAAAUAAAAGGAAAUUAGGAAGAGACUGUCUCCCUGUAGGGUGACGCUGCUGGAUGAUGAAAACAGAGGAGAUUUGCGGUGCGAUGUCUCCUCUCUGUACACAAACGUCUCAUCACACACUAAUAAUGUAAUAUAUACACUAUGUUUUAUAUAUUUACUGCUGCUGGUUAAGGACGUUUCCCCUCUUCCAGUUUAAUUUGAAAUACAGAUAUUGUUAUUUGAUAGAAAUAUGCAGAUUAAUGGGAAAAAAACACCAUGUGCCUUACUUUUUGUUUAUAUAAUUUUCUAGUAUAACUUUUUUCAUUGAUUUCAGUUUCAACAAAACUAGAAAUACAACACCGAUGAAGGUUUUUGUCCAUCAGCAGUGGUAGCUUCUGUUUUUGUUUCAUGACUUGCUUUAAGUUUGUAAAUGUCUGUAUGUUUGUUCAGUAGCACUUGAGACAGAUUUUAUGCCAAUAAUAAAUUUGUUUUGAGUUCUCGGUAAGGUUGUUUAAUUAUGGUUCCCCAAACUAAAGUUCAGUCAAAGUCAGAAUUACCCACAAUUGCGAUCAUUUUGUCAUUGGAGCUGUGCGAAACUUUGAAGAACGUAAACUUGCAAUUUAAUUGUAUGAAUUUAGAAAUGUGUUAAUAUUAUGGCCUCCUUUCGCAGGGAGAAUCCAGUUUAAAAAUCCUAUCAGGGUUAAAAAUCCAGUCAUUUUUGGGAGCUAACAGAAACUAGCUGAGCUAGGCAGCUAGCGACAUGCUAGCCAGCUAAUGUAGCCUCUCAAGCUACCUGGUAAAUCAGCAAACGCAGGCAUGUUUGAAAAUAUUCUAAAACAUUAUUGUUUCAUUUUAUUUGGCCUCUUGGAUCCUAUUGUUUACAGCAGAAACUGUCCAAAAAGAAAGAACGAAAGCAAAGUUGUUAAAGAAAAAUACACAAAAAAUACCAAAGCUAAUUCUACAAAAAAUGUCAAACGUUUUACAAGUUUCAUGUUCAGGGACAUCAUAUUUAAAAAACUUAUUAGGGUUAAAAAUCCAGUUGUUUUGGGAGCCAACACAAACUAGCCAAGCUAGGCAGCUAGUGGCUUGCUAACCAGUUUGCUAGAUUAGCCUCAGAAGCUAACUAGUAAAUAUGGUAUUGUGAAUAAAGUAAAAAUAAGUAGGUACAACUUCCAAUUGGUUUUUCUUUUGUUUUUGUGUUUUUUUUGUUUGCGCUUCAGGUUGUAAAAUAAUUAUUUGCUGUAAAACUUUCCUUGUUUUGUUAUUCAGCAAGUUAUUCAGAAAGAAACGUCUUCGUGGAAAGUCAGACUUUCAGUAUGGACAAUAUUUGUAGACAAAUAUUGUCAGAAAGUUAUAUUUUUAAGAAACUUCUGCAUUCUGUUAAAUAUUGUCGCGGCCUUCUAUAUUCCAAAACCAAAAAUUCCAACAAAGGCCGUGGGUGGUAACAGGUGGUUUGAUUUGCACGCACUUCUGACUCGAUUGUUUUGUAAAGAUAUAUAUUCUUUAUUUCUUGAAAAAAUACCGCUAUUAGACCUCCACCAGGCACCCGGUGUGUUCUUAAUUAUGCAAAUUGAUGGGAGGGUUUAACAAUUACCAACAUAAUCUAAACAAUUCCAAAUAUAAAAAUUAAUUACAAAUUUUGGUUCUAAACUAACUUAAAUAUUUUCUAACUUCCCAAAGAAGAAAACUAAAUUAGUAGAAAUUACAAUCCACAAAAUUUUGCAUAACUGGCCACAACAAAUAUUAUUUGUUUCCAUCGCCUCAAAAGAAUCCUGGGAACUGUAAUUAAACAAAUUACUGACUGUUUGUACCAAAGACACUAUAAGACUUGGUCUCUGUAAAUUUGUUUUGUCUUUUUAUAUAUAUAUAUAUAU